AAGUUGCGCGAGGGUGAGACAAUUGUGGAAGACGCUAAUGCCGCCACUGAAGCUCCAAAAGGCGAUUCGAAGCCACCGCAAGCGGCUGCGCCGGCGAAGAAAGUCGAAGGCGUGCCACCACUACCAAUCUGCCGAUCUGAAGUGCAGUGGCUGCCGAAAACGACAGAAGUGGUUGCUAAUCGCGUCGCGCCCGGUCCAGAUUCCGAAGGUGCAUACACCGUCUCCUCGCCGUACAUGGCGACUAUUCACAAGCGUGAGGUACUCACAAACUUGAAAUCCGAUCGGCGAGUGUUGCACAUGGAGUUUGAUCUCGGAUCAAGUGGGAUCUCUUACAAGCCGGGAGAUUCCAUUGGCAUCGUACCGCAGAACGACGCCGAGCUGGUUCGAGCCAUCGUCGAUCGGCUGGGUCUCGAUCAAGCCGCCAUUUUCACGCUGAAUUGGAAGAAAGGUGACACGAAUGAACACGCGACUCAUCCGUUGCCGCAUAUUCACACCCCGUGCACGGUAAAGAGUGUGUUCACGAAUUAUAUCGACAUCACGGGAUGUCCGCGUAAGUCGCUCCUUCGCGUUCUCGCCGAACACUGCGGCAACGCGGAGGAAAAAGACGCCCUCUUGCACCUUUCAUCGCGUGGUGGUCGAGCAGAAUACGAAACACAGAUUCGCGCGCAGUCACCGACGCUAUUGACGCUCUUGAACAAUUAUCCGAGUUGUUGUCCUCCGUUAGCCGAGCUUUUAGAUGCCCUCUCUCCGCUCGCGCCGAGACUGUAUUCGAUCACAUGCGCGCCCGAGGUGGCACCAACAACGCCGUCGGUUGCCUUCAGUGUCGUGCGGUUCCAGGUACCCAGCGGUGAACAUCGCCUCGGCGUCGCCACGAACUGGCUCGACGAGAUAUCGGUCGACGACAAGUGCGAGCACAAAGUCCCGGUGUACAUCAAGCCAAGCUUGAAGUUCGGCCUGCCCGAAGACUCGAGCGCGCCGCUAGUGAUGAUUGGUCCGGGUACCGGCGUCGCACCAUGCCGCGGUUUCCUCCAGUCCAGACGCGCUAAAGCACAAAAAGGCGGUCGAUUAUCUGAAGCUAUGUUGUUCUUCGGCUGUCGCAAGGCAGAUGAGGACUUCCUGUACGAAGCCGACUGGAAGAGUUUCACCGCCGAUGGCUCGCUGACAAAGCUCGUCUGCGCCUUUAGCCGCGAGACCGCAGAAAAGGUAUACGUGCAGCACAAAAUUGAAGAGCACGCCACCGAAGUCGCGCGCUUAAUCUCUGAGGGCGCUUACGUCAUGGUAUGCGGCGACGGCGCGCACAUGGCCAAGGAUGUCCACGCCGCCCUCGUCCGCGUCGUCGCUCAAGCCGGCGUCUGCGGCGUCUCUGACGUCAAAGCCGCCGAGGCUCUCCUCGCCGACUUCACUAAAUCCGGUCGUUACGUCCGUGAUAUUUGGAGCUAA